CACCACUUACAUCACCAACCAUACCAGCUUCAGAAUCUGACAUUCUACAUUUGGAGAAUAGCCGUCAACCCCCCUCUACCCACUCCAUAACCACCUCUCCAUCUCCAGUCACUACACCCAAUCGAUCAGGAUUAAGAGCCAUGGCAGACUCGACCAUCACGGUCAAUAUCAAGGGCCCCUCCGAGAUCAAGCUCUCCAUUACUGUAGAAAGCGAUGCGACAGUCAAGCAGCUCAAGGAGGAGAUUGCAAAGCAGAAGGCUGAUGUGCCUGUUGAGAGUCAACGUCUGAUCUAUGCAGGAAAGGUGCUCAAAGAUGAACAGCCGCUGAGCGACUACAAGCUGCAGAACAAUCAUACCGUUCACCUCGUCAAGUCCGCCUCUCGCUCUGCUCCCACCACUGGCAACCCUACCACCACUUCCUCCCCAGCAGGGGUAUCAGGGGGAGCAGCUCGGUCAGGUGCAGGAGCAGCGGGAGGGGGCAGCACUCCUUCCACUGGUUCAGGAGCAGCCCCAGCGGCCGCCUCGGCCUCUGCAGCUCAAGGUGUCCCCUCCAAUUUUGGUGCUGGCCAGCAAUUUGCCAAUAAUCCCAUGGCUGCUCUCAAUCGGGCCGAUCUUGCUGGACCACACAUGGCCAAUAUCGGAAGAAAUCUCUUUCAGCAGAAUGGAAUGAAUCCUGCAGACCCUAAUAUGAUGAUGAAUGCAUUGGACAGCCCCGAUUUCCAGAAUCAUAUGAGGAGUAUGCUGAGGAGACCAGAGGUCAUUGAUCAGAUGAUUGCCAUGAACCCCCAAAUGGCAGGCAUGGGCCCUCAGCUGCGCCAGAUGAUGCAGUCGGACGAAUUCGUAGACAUGAUGACAAAUCCAGAAACGAUGAGGAGAAUGAUGCAGAUCCAGGAAGCCAUGGGCGGUUCUGGCGGCGGCGCUGGUGGGUUGGGCGGAUUGGGCGGACUAGGAGGUCUGGGCGGCAUGGGAGGUGGUCAGCAGCAACAGCAACAACAAUGGCCACCACCGGGCGCCUUUGGUACUCCUGGUGGACCAGGUGGACAGGGACAGAGAGGAGCCGAAGGAGCCACAGCGGGGACUGGUGGUGCGGGCGGCGCAGCAGGACAGGACCCCUUUGCUGCCCUCGCCGGUCUGGGUGGUAUGGGCGGAUUUGGUGGACAAGCCCCAAAUCGCGAGAGGGCAAUGGAGAUGCUCAACGAUCCCUUUAUGCGUCAACUCAUGCAACCGGGCGCAGGAGGAUUCGGCAAUCCCGCAGGAGGCAACGGCAGCAACCCUUUUGCGGCUCUAGGAAACCUCUUUGGUCCCGGUGCCGGCGCUGGUGGAGCUGGAGGAGCAGCAGCAGGGGGUGCUGCUGGAGGAGGAGGAGGAGCAUCCCAAGCCAGCAAUUUGCCCCCACCGGAGGAGCGCUUUGCCUCUCAGUUGCAGAGUCUGAGGGAUAUGGGCUUUGUCGAUGGUCCUGCUAAUUUGAGGGCGCUGCUUAUCUCUGGAGGAAGUGUAGAGGGGGCGAUUAGUGUUUUGCUUGGAGGCAAUUGAGAGGGGGGCAGAGGGGGAGGUAGACGAGGAUGCACGAGAGUAGAGG